GCCGAGUCGCCGUUAUGUACCCCGCGCCCGUCAAGCCAGUUUCAGUGCUUCAGCCUUCAGUCAAUUCUUGUGUUUGGGAACUUGUGGGCGUUGAACUGUUUAUUGUGAUAAUGAUAAAUUCAAGUUAUUCUCCAAUUCUAUGAAAUGACAAUAUUAAAUCAUUAAGUUAUCAUUCCAUUAAGGUGUUAAAGAAUGAUUUUGUAGUACUGAAAUUGAGAAGUUACAACUAGCAUUAAAAACUUAGUCGCGAUGACUGAUAUGUGACUUUACAAGUUUUGUUUUUAAUAUUCCGUUUGUUAAAUUACAUGAUAGCAGACGGAGCGAGCUAAGUGACUCUUGAAGGUACCGUGUGAAUCAGGCUCGUACAAGUGCUGUGACUUGUAAAAGUGUAAUCAUGAAAAAUGUGCUAAGAGUGUAUAGGACGAACUGUUGUUACUAUCUCAUAGUGUUAUCACUACGUUGCUGUACUUGAUCGCUGAUCUGUAGUUUAAGGACUGAGAAUGGUAGUUCAGAGGUAAAGUAGUAAAGAUUCACCGUGGAGCAUCUGGUUGGAGGCGGUGGCGCGGGCGGCCUGCUGCCCGGCGCCUCGCCUGCCCAGCACCCGCCUAACAUGUUGCAGCCCAUGGAAGAAAUGAUACUACCUCCUAAACGUCAAGCUGUUGUUGAUCGCCUAAGGAGGAGGAUAGAGACGUACAGACGCCGUCAGUCGGAAUGUGUGCCAAGGUUCGAUCAAUCGUUCACCGGCGCAUGUGAACAGCAAAACUUGGAGACGAGUGCACUCCAGAAGAGGUUUCUUGAGGGCAAGGCCAAACGGCAAGCGAAGAAGACAGACCGAAAACCAGACCUGCCUUCCAUAAGCAGCAACCUACAUAGCAGCGUGCAUGUGAGCUGUCAACAAAAAUUUGGCUGCGGCGAUUAUGAACCACCUGCGAAACUACAGUGUGGAGGAAAUGCUGGCGUAAAUGGAGCUGGAGAGGCUCUUACGAAAUUCUCCGUCGAGAUUGUCCAGCAGCUGGAGUUCACGACGUCUGCGGCGGACUCGCAACCGCAGCAGAUAUCCACGAACGUAACCGUAAAAGCUCUAGCAAAUGCGGUGAAAACGUCCGGAUCCCCGCCACCACAGCAACCUCCUCGAAUACCAACCCCACUAGACUGCGAAAGGGAAUGCAAAGCAGAAUGUAAGUCAGAGGUAGCUGACGAUGAAUUUGUUGGGCUCGACGAGUGUGCUGCUGCUCUGGAGCGGGAUGCAGCUUCCUCUUUCCCUGGCUUGGCGGAGCUGAUAGGCGAAGACGACGGCGAUGAUACAUUUGAAGAUCUCAUUACCGAAAUAUCGGAAUAUCCUGAGUUCAUGAAAGAUUUUGAUCUGGAUGCGGGGAAAUUGAACGGGGGUAGUAUUGGUAAUCUGGAGCCGUCGGAAGGAGAGCCGGCACCGAGGCCGUAUGGGGCUGGGGAGAUGUCUCCGGCGGCUCAGACGCUCAAGCAUAUGGCGGAACAGCAUCAGCAAGCGACCGGUGGUGAUUGGGCGCGGUAUCGGGGUUACGGCAACUACCGCCCUGGACCGAGACCUACGCAACCUUCGAUGGACCACUUGCACAUGUCCCAACAACAGCAGUUACAUCUGUCGCAACCUCAUCAUAAUCUGCAGGUAUCCGCUGCUCAACAUAUGCAAGUCAGUGGUGGGAGUGGUCACGUUUCAGCGGCUGCUCAGCAGGGACUGUACGCCACCUUCCACAACCAGAACCCAUCACCUCAGCAUCAUCAAGGAAGUAACUGUGAUACGUACAACGUGUCUCAGUCGCAGAGUAUGAACUUCUCGCAGGGCAUGCGAGCUCGACCAUCGGCGCCUGCGCAGACCGCCCCGGGCCCUCAGACGCCUCUUGGCAUAGCAGCAGCAGGCAUAUCCCGCGAGCAGCAAGCCAAGAUGUUGCAGCAGCAGCAGCAACAAAUGUUGCGAGCGCAGCAACAGCAGAUGCGUCCACCUCCGCCCGAGUACAAGGCCCGUUUCGUGACGUCAGGCGUAAGGCGGGCUGCGCCUCCACGCGCCUUUCCCCCACACGCGAGGCAUUAUUCGCCCGAUUGGAGGCAUGUGCUGAUACAGCAGCAGUCGGCGAGACAACAGUUUCCGCAUCAUCAUCAAGCUGGCUUUAAUAUGGGAAACAUGGGUGGUAUGGGAAAUGUAAGUGGCGUGAGCAGUAUGUCGCAACAACAGCAACUACAGAUGCAGCAAGCGCGACUGCAGCAGCAGCAACUUAUGCAGCAUCAACAACAAAGGACGUCCAGUCAGCAGCAAGCUCCGAUGACGCAUCUCAUCAUGCAGCAGAACCAAAUGAUGAGUGUUCAGGGACAGAUGCCGAACAUACACAUGAACCAGUCGCAGAGUAUGUCCAUGCAGGGCGGCAUGGGCAUGGGCAACCACCAGAACAUGCAGAACGGAAUGCAAAUGCACUCGCAGAACAUGAACUCGAUGGUCUCUCAGAACGGGAUCAACCAGAACAGUUUCCCUUCGCUGCAGUCGGCCUUCUCGGGGCAGACGGCCGACUUCAACCUCGACUUCUUAGACAACAUGCCGUCUUCUGACACGAGCAACCUGACGGCCCAAGAGCUGCUCAACUCGCUGGACAAUUCGUUCUUGAACGACAUCCUAUAAGCGGUCGCCGGCUUCGGAUAGUUAAUGUAGGUAGAAAUUUUCAGAAUUCACGUCUAAGUUAAUGGCUGCGCGAAACGAAGUACCGUCUCUUUUCAUCCCGCCGUGAACGUAAUGCGAUGGAGAGAGACGAAUGAUUACUUUAGCCGGACAAUGUUAUACUGAUUUAGAGUUUAUCAACGGGUUUUUAAUAUAAAUAUGAAUUAGAAAUCGUGAAAUAUUUGUAUGAACGCCCUCUAGUGGUGAAUGUGAGAUUUUUCAUACGCGGAACUCAGUGAUUCAUAUUACAAUUUUCUAAAGCAAAUCGUAUACAUAAAAAAAUAUUAAAAUGUUGUGAAAUGCUGUUUUUAUAAUUACGAAUUGCUUUUCAGAAUAUAACCUUUCUUAAUCCAUUAUAAUAUCACGAACUGAAUAUUUUGUGUAAAGCCAUUAGCUCGGACGUUUCAUAUGAACUCCAAAGCCGAGCGAGCGAAUUCGUGACCAAUAAAUUGUUGACCAAAGUUAAAUCGUGAAUUUUUCACCAGAUUUCUUAAUCUAAACGUUAACGUAGCGUUCUUCCUAAAUCUUUAAUGUUUUACGACAUUUGUUUUAUAGACUAUUUAUUGUAAUUAGUAUUGAAUAGUUGCGAUGGCGCACUUGUAUAGAAAUUGUAUAGAUUUUUGGUGAAGUUUACUUACGGCGUCGUCCGAAGCGUUGCCAUCUUUCAGUUUUCCAUUUAUGCGGUAGAUUUUUUUAACUGUAUACUAUUUAUUGUUAAUAUAGGGGUAAGAUAGCACAAAAGACAUUCAAUAAAUUUUAUUUACAUCGAAAUACAUUUAUUUAUGACAGUUUGGGGCAAUAUAUUAUCUAGCGGUGUGUUCGUUCCGACCUCCUUUCGAGAUCAUUCAGUCCGCCUUCGAAUGGCCCAAAUGUAGCAAACGUACAUUUAAACGGUGUAAACCCGGUUUUAUCGAUUUGGGAGCCGCUCGAAGCGUAAAUAUUUUGAUAAAAAAAUCCUUAGUAGUUUAUAUUAGACAAUCUAACGUUUCCUCUUCUAUUUAAAUGUAAAAUUCUUUAAAAAAAAUAUAUAUAAAAUAAUGUGGGUAGUUUCAGUAAUACCAAUCUGACUACCCUCAUUAUUCCUAUUACCAAAUGUCUUUGUGAAUUUAUAUUAGUUAUCAGUCGAAAUAUGUGGCCAUUGCAAAUUUUGAGUGGCUCUUGAAUUGAAACGGAGUAUCGGGCAAUAGUUUAUCAUUCCUGUACCUAAGAUGUAAUUAGUUCUACUGUGAUGGUCUCAGUGGUGAAUAGGUUAAUCAAAUAUUGUUAUUGUUAAGAUCUCAUGUAUCAUUUAGGGGUGAGGUUUUGGAAAUCUGGAUUUUUUUUGACAUUUUCAUAUUUGAAACUGCCUUAUUAUUUAUAAAGCUCUCUUUAAACAAUAGAUGUUGACAUUCCAGAGCCAUUGUUAACGAUGUUUUAACUUUAGGACCAAUUUUUGAAUGUUCUUUUAAAAAUAAUAUUACAUAUUGAAA